CCCACAAUUAUUUAACAUAUUAUGAGUCUCAUUGAUUUGUAAAAGUAAUAAACAACCAAUUAACUCAUUAAAAGAUCAUGUUUGCUUAAAAUAGAAUAUUUGAAAUGCACUUUAUACAUUUACUACAACAGAGGAAAGUUAAAAGAUGCAGGCUUCAAGAGAAUGCAACAUGCAAUGGCCGUAUUUAAGGUAAGACCAGUGUAACAGUAACUGUCUUUGCAUGAGCAGCGGCAUAAGUAUAAUUAUAAUUUAAUAAUAUUUUUUCUAAAAACAGAAACAACACUUCAUAAUAAAUCGUUUUUAACAAUAUUUUUAAUAUAAUAUAAACAAUCAUUUAUUUCAAAGCGUUUUAAAAAUGAAAUUGCGGUAUGCACCAGCAAACAUGACGAAAAUUAAUACAAUUUGAAAAUAUAUUUUUUCCCAUUAAAACAAUACACCUAUCGACAUUAAAUGUUGGUAGAAUUCAAUAAAGAAGUCUGUUAACUGACGAAUAUAAUCAUUAACGAUACGUUUAGUUAGAUAUCAUUAACCAGUCUACAUAAGUCAUUUCCAAACUUUUCAUGAUCGGGAGACACUUUUUUAGACAUGCAUCACCUUGUGAUACAUUAUGUUAUUUCUGACAGUAGGCCGUUUGUAAAAUGAUUUAUUAUGACACACGAGCCAGUGAAAAAAAUUAAUGUGUAAAUAUAGUAGGCCCUAACGUAUAAAGACGCAAAAAACCUCACGUAAAGAUUGGAUUUACAUUGUGGGUGGAAAGGCGAAACACAAUUCGAAAAGAUAAAUCAAACUAUCCUUGCAUCAUUUGACAAGAUUAAAAAAUUUGUUAUUUCAGGUAAUCAGGUAAUUCUUCUUCUUUAAUAAAAAAAAAAAAUCAAUUAGUUAUUACCUGCUUGAAAGAAAAGAAAUGCUGAUCCAAAAAUAUCUUUGGACUUAAGUACAAUGGAAGUAAGAAGUGCCCGUGGAACGUUGUUGAAAGGCUCACAAUUAGUGAACAAUUAUCACAUUUUAUCUCGCACUCCGCUGUUUUGUAAUACUUUUCAAAUUUGAUUCUUUCACUUUUCAUGUCCAAAUCAACAUUUCGUCUACAAAUAUCAUAGCACAACUUGAAGUACCUCUGUUCAAUUCUCAUUAUCGUUGUAUUUACUUUAAAUAUUUCAAUUGCAGACACAUAGGUUAAAACAGAUAUUCUGGAAAGUAAAAAGUGUGCAGCAUGCUGGCAGCCCUUAAUGAAAGGUGACCUCAUUGGUUACGUUUGAUAAAAAGAAUGGAGACGGGCUGUGUUCUGAAGGACCUGAUGUACUUAUAAUGAUAAAGGGUGCAAGACUUAUAAGACAGCCACCGUUAUGUUAUCAUAACGUGUGCAAAAGAAGUCUAGUAACAUUGAAAUGCGCAAUAAGUAAGAGAGUAUCGCUGAUCCCUUUUUUCUGCUAGCCAACAUCCGCUACUGUAGGAAUCUGACAGGCAGAAGCUGCUCAUUACAAAUCCUUGUAAUAAAAAACGCAUUUGGAACAAAACGAACAAAGCAAGUAAUGUACAAAUAAAAUUAAACAUGUAUUUUGUUCAGAGGUAAUAAUCGAACUGUACGACUUCAUUAAAGUAGGGAAAACUGAUUUAAAUACUCAAGGGACACAUUAAUAUGCUUUUAUAUUUAAAUUGAAAAUAAAUUGAUUGACUUUAAAUUUAGAUGCUUGUCACGUCUUUGGACAAUUAAAUUAAUUGUCAUACAUCCGUUUUACAAAAAUUGAUUAAGAUGCUAAUAUCAUGAAAUUUAUAUAUUUUUCUUACAGUUUAGAGUACAUACAGUUUCAUUAUAAUAUCGUUAUGGAGAAGUGUCAUGUCUUGUGGAUUAGUUUACUUAUUGCAAAUAUGUUUGGUAAGUUUUAAUUUUCCUUUUUUUAUUCUCUUUAGUGUGAUUAGGAACCUAAAAAAUAUGUCUUCGUAUAACAAUAAAAUAGAGAAACUUCACCAACAUCUCUUUGAAUGCAAAUAGAAAAAAGGGGACAUCCAAAUAAAUGAAUGAGGAAAAAAUUACAUUUUAAAUAUACAUAUCAGCUGGUAUAUUCUGAUUGAUUGAGUAAAUGCAAUCUAUUUCAUUCGGUAUUAACUUUGAGGUAAACAAUUCACAUGGAUCAAGCUGUUCCUUUGUAUCUAUGAUGAAAAAAUAUCCUUUAUUCUCAAUUUAAUUUUAGUGUAAGAUGAAUAUUGUUUUAAAAAUUUCUUCAAGCGAGAGUAGUCUUUACGUAUGUGCUUUUAAUAGCUUAUUUAACAAGUCUUUUUAUCCGUUUUGUUGACAAAAGAUGAGCUACCGCGAUAAAAAUCAUAUAACUGUAUACUUUAGUAAGUUCAAUUUAAAAAUGAAGUAUUCGUGUAUUCCAGCCCUUUUAAAAACUUUUCACGUUAUUUUAAUGUUUAAUGAAUGAAAAUAUUAGAAAAUAUAAAAUGUUACCUUCUUAGUGCGGUCCUCGUCAUUCAAUAGAAUACCUGAAGAAUAUGAAAAAUAACUAUCAUAACUUUUCUCUGUAUUUUUUAAAAAUGUACCGCAUUAGUUUGAAUUAUUUAAUAAAAGUUUUUUAAAUAAUGCAGUUUUUAACGUUUCACAUUUCUCUAUUUAACUUUUUUUUUUUUUUGACACAUGCAUUUUAUUAAGAAAUAUUUAGUCCAGUAGACUUUUCUGUUUGCAGCUGAUAUGAGUGAGAUUUUGUUUCCAAUGUAAUGCCUUCUGAUGAUGACAAUGAAAGCUAAGAAUGCAUCCACAGCAUUGCUGGUGUCUCCAAAACGUCUUCAGUAUAUACUACCUUUCAUUAUUAUUUGACCGACAGUGAGAUGUGGGGGGAGCAUCAUGAGUGAGGAAGACUUGAAUGAUAUUGUUUGGUCAAUUUUAGAAUCCACUAAGACAAUUUUUACAGCAUAUGUAAUACCUGCCGAUUUUUUUUUACUACUAGCUCAAACAUAUUUAAAAUUUGAAGAUCCUACAAAUCAUACAUCAAUGUCUCAGAUGUCUCUUGCCAGUAGAUGUAUCAACAUAUUAGAUAUAAAGAACGUCACAUUUCUGCAUAAUAAUAUUCUACCUCAAAACCACGAGUGUCUUUAUGAGCUGUUGCUAGAACGCAAAAAACAACGCCAAAGAUAACGUGUUGCAUGUUAUUUAAGAUUUCUAUAAGAUAACAUGUGUUGUAUGUUCUUUAACACUUCAAUAAGAUGACAUGUGUUGUAUGUUCUUGAACACUUCAAUAAGAUGACAUGUGUUGUAUGCUCGUUAAAACACUAUAGGAUGGAAUGCGUUAUAUGCUCUUUAAGACUUCUAAAAGAUGACAAGCGUUGAAUGUUCUUUAAGACUUCUAAAAGAUGACAAGCGUUGAAUGUUCUUUAAGACUUCUAUAAAAUGACAUGUGUUGUCUGCUCUUUAAGACUUCAAAUUGAGCACUAAUUAUAAUUGUGCUCAUAAUCCUUAUGGCGAAUAGGGAUGAACUGACCAUGUGUUGUGUCCAAUCUGCUCCAAUCUUUAAAAUGUUUAUAAUAAUUGAAUAGAUGCUUAAAUUGAUCUUAAACCACUAGCUAUUAAAAUAAUGACAAUAUCUAACAUAAUUCUUGCAAGUUGAAUGCGGUAGUUCAGUACGGACAUCCAUUCCUGAAUCUGACAAGGAAAAUAGUGACAAUUAAAAAAUAAAAUAUUGUCAUAAGGGACUUGCAGAAGAAAUUCUAUCGGGUGGUCACGACAAACGAUUUUUUUGCUCUCCAGAUCAUAGCUGUUGUGUGUAAGUAAACAUUGUUGACAUUAUGAUGGAAAAGAAAAGCUUAAUCAGAUCAGCUGCAAUCUAACAGGCUACCUAACUGGACACGGGUUUUUAAGAGCAUGUUGAGCGAAACGUUUGGAAAAUGUAAUUUAUUUAUAUAAUGUACUCUGUACUUCAAGAUGCAAUAUCUAAAGUUUUUUAAAAAAAAGGUCAAUUUGUAACUGCUUUUCUUGACUUUAAUUUUGUAAACAUUUGUAUUUGCUGUUACGUUUAAUCCUUGUUGUGUUAUUAAUGACCUUGCCUAAAUACUAGCAGCAUUCUAUUUAUAUAUAUUACACGCCAGCAAAGUACAAACACCCGACCACCACGCAUUCUACAUAUAGAUACUCCAGAGUGUUGUUCAAUAAUGAGUUCACUAGCGCGCAAAAUAUAAUUCCCGAUAUCUAGGCUCUAUGAUAUUUAUCUAUUAAUAACGCCAUAGCGUUUGGUGCGUACUAUUUUUUUUUUCGGAAAUGAACUCUCUCAAUUUAAGAAUUGUGUACACAAUAUUCGGUUUCUAAAGUGGUCUGGACAUGAGAACAUUAAUAUAGUUCAUGAGCGUGAAAUAAAGAGUGUGCAGUGAAGUAUGAUGGGGGAAGGGGGUGUGGCAAGUAUUUUGAUUCUUAAAUGUGCGCAACUUGAUUUCCUGUAUUGUCAGUUAACACUAAUAGAUGGGAAGUUUACGCAUUGCUUUCGCCAAUGUUUGGAGGGCUAUAUCUAGUUCUAUAUAAUGCUUAAAGAUUCAAUUUAGCUAGUAAAAUAUGUUGGCUUUAUUCAUAUUGCUUAGGCAUUCUAUAGAAUGCAUGAAUUUCACACUUCGCCUUAACAUAAGCAACAUAAACAUUUUAAUAAACUCGUUUGAAUUGUUUCCCUUUCUUAACACACAUAUAUAUAUAUAUAUAAGAAAUAUUUCCAAAAAAGUAACAAUAAAUUAAAAAUAAUAUCUCAACAGAAUGUAUUUUGAACCAAGGCAUUAGUUUUACUCCACUCAAGCAAAAGGAUUUCAUAACUAAGUGCACAAAUGGAGUGUUGAAAAGUGAUUUAUUUUUUAUUGAAAGCAAAAUUAAUUUUACUGGCAUUAAUGUCAAUAACAAUUUAGUAUUCGCUUCAUUUGAAAUAUUUGAGAAUACAUCACAGGACACAAUUAAUGUAAGUAUCAAUAUUAAUUAUAUACUUUAUCCUUUAAUUUACCAAAACGUUUGAAAUUUGAUAACUAUUUUCUUUUAUGUUUGUAAAGAAAAAAAACCACAUUGUUAACCACUGUACUGCUAAGCAAAUUCCUUCAAAAGCAAUUUAAAUGUAUAAAUGUGCAUGCUUCACUCAUUUUGAAAGAAUUUACAAGCUUUAGACAGUGUUUAAACAUUACUAAAACAUGAUUUGCCUAAAUGAACAUGAACCAAAUCACAAUUAUAUAUUUUUAAUGUGAUACAAAUAUUUAAUUGAAAGUUGUCGAAAGUUUAAAAUACAAUUAGCUAUAGCUUUAUUUUUGGUUAUUUUUAUAAAGAAAUGAAACUACUUUAAAAUCAUCUCAAUUGUUAUAAUUUAGUCACUAAAACGUUGCAAAUGAAUCUAGACGUUAGUUUAAUCUUUACAUGGAAAUUGACCAAGUAAAAUUUAUUUCACAAUCUUACACAUGCAUAAAGAAGGUGUUUGACCAAAUAGCACUUAUAGGCUAUCCGAUACCAUAAAUGUACAUUUACCGAACUUAGUUAGCAUCUUUACAUAAUCAAAAGAGUCUAUGCAGGAACAAUCUGUUUCUAUUUACGUUUAAAAUGACACUCUCUACGGCAAAUAAAAAAGAAAAGUAACUAUAAAAAAAUCAUUCAAAUGAUUGAAUCCGAACAUAUCCAAUAAACUUGACGGAUUUGAAAUGAUAAGUAGUGUUUUUUUGUUUUUUUUUUAAAUCUCAUUCUUUCAGUUGUUCGACCAUGACCUGAAAGUGCCUUGUGAGAAUGCUGUAAACGAUACCUACCACUGCAAGACAAUCGAACAAAAUGUUGUUCUAUUUUCAUUAAAGUUUUAUGCCUUUCCAAAGUACAUCGGAGCAAAUAUUAUUGGUAAAUUAGUGAACAACUCAAAGACAAUCAGUCAAGGAACCCAGGAUUUUCCAGCAAUAGUCGGUAAAUAUGUCGGUUUAUAAUAAUUAUGGUGUGGGUAAUUUAGACGUUAUAACGGUUCACCGCAAUUCUUGCUUCAUACUUUUCUUGAGAUGGUUGACACUUUGCUAAUGCCACACAUUAUGGCAGACAAUUAAAUACAAACAUUACUUAACAUAUAUUAAAAAAAAAAAAUAAUAAAUUCUACAUAUCGUUUGCUGUGCUUAGCAAUUUAAUUAUUUUCUUUUCGAAAUGUCGGGCAACACUUUGCUCAAUGGGUCUCAGUCGAAUAACGUUUAGCAUCACGUUUCCUUUUUGUUGGUCUACAUUUGAUAAUGUAGGUUUUGGUUUCUAAUUAUAGAUGUAUUAGGCCCAUGUAGUCUUUUUAUCGUUUGCUCCUUGUUUAGUCUUGUCACUUGAAGAAGGCAUCGCGCCGAAACGUUCCUUUAAUUUUCACGUAUUGCUAUAUAAAGCCCAGACAUAUUUUUUCUACUGUUUCCUUUACUCCUCUUAAACGGUGUCUAUAUUUCAUGGAUCUAACCUAUUGCUGCAAUCAAUACACAUUGUCAGUUAACAAGAAACAUAUUAUCUUUAUUUAUAUUAUCCGUUUUCUUUCUCAUUUUUUUGGUGGGGUUUACAUCUUUAAAUUUCAUAUUGAACACUUCUUAUCAAUUGUUCCAGGCUGAAAAAAAUGUUUAAAAAAUGUUAAAAAAUGGGUAGGCAGUGCCUAAGGCACACUUGCCAUUUUCUUUUACCAGAUUUACAGCAGAUUCUUAUUUAUAAAUAAAGAAAAACAAAUCAAUGUACAGAAGAUAAAGAAGUUAAAGAAGAAAAUAAAUAAUAUAUAGUGGAAAACUCUCAACACCACGUGUUCACCUUAAGACUUACGGAAAGCGCACUUCCGCAUUUGCUGGCCCAACAAUUUGGAAUGCACUCCCUGACGCUCUCAGAAACGACCAGACACUGGAGUCCUUUUAAACCGAUUUAAAGACACAUCUAUUUCGCAAACACCUUUUGGGAUGAUGUUGUCUUCAAAAUUUUCUAGUUAAUGCAUAUUGGCUACGUUGGUUCUGGUUGAAAUGGGUAGAAAGACUUUGACAUUGAAUGCUUGUAAUUAGUUUUUGUAGUGUUGAGUUUGUUUUAAAUGUGGUAAAUUAUAGAUGUGGUUGACUUUGUACCGCGCUUCGAGCCUUUGGGGAUGAAACGUGUCUUUCAAAUGAACUUUAUUAUUAAUGUUAUAUAUAUAUAUAUAUAUAUAGGCAAAGAUUUAGUGUUGAUAGAUUGAAAGAAAUCAAAACUUUACGGUUGUCAAAUACACUUUCUUUAUUUCUUACGCUUUGGCAUAUUCCUUGUAACCAUUCCGUUAGCAACAACUAAAGUGUGUAAACGCAUUUGUAAACUUUAAAGAAAAACUCAUAGUGAAUUGCACAAAUUAGUAAAAUGUAGGUUAAAUGCGGGAUAUCCUGCGUAAUCUCUCUUAAACUUUCUUUUAGGAAAUGGGUUGUAAGUUUUAAAGAGCGUAGCAAUGAGCGUAUCAAAAAAAAAAUGAUAAUAUUAUUAUUAUUCAAAGUAAUGAUACUGUGUAAAAUAAAAAAACAGCAAAGUGCGUAUUCCAACUGAAGAAAAUCCCUGUUUUCAAAUACAAAUAUUAUUUGAGUCGCACAUUUUAUUUUGAAUCUCGUAUACUUUGUUGUUCAACGUUUUGAAACGUGUGUCUUGAGCUUAAAUAAAAUUGCGACAAACAGCCACGAUCUUUGUGUGACUUACGUCAUAACUAAAUUGUUUUUUACUGUUAAUUUAACACCCCCCACCCCCCCAAAAAAAAAUAAAAUAUUUUUUCACUCACAGAAAAGACGAACGUCACCGGUAAAUUGACGGUGAAUGGAAAGAUAUGCCCAGCUAAAGAUUUUAAAAUGAAUAUUACUGCCAAGGUUUUAAGUGUUCAGUUUGAAUGUUCAAGUCUUUCAAAACCCUGUCAGAUAGAAAUGAUGAUAAAUCGGUUCAAGCCCAUCAAAGGAUCUGAUGUUGUUAAAUUCGAACAGACUGUAAUACAAAAUGGAAGCGUGUAUUCACUCCAUAUUAAAUACGCUGCAUGCAGACUUGAUCAGGAAUACAAAGAAGUCAACCUCGUGAUUACUGCUGGUAAGUGAAUGAUUUUUAAAAAAAAUACAGAAACGCUUUGUUUAAACAAAUUGAUUGAAAACAACAUUUGAGAAACAAAAUAGAUAACCCACCCUAGAUAGACUAAACAUUCACUUGUUUUUUUCACCCAUAUGAAAUCCAUUUAUGGUAUUAUAUAAGUAUAAGAAGCAAACAAAAAAAAAUAAAAUAAUAAUAACAAAACCCCAAGCAACAUGUUUUAAAGGAAAUAAAAUAAAUUCAUUUGUAUAAUGUACACAUUAUAGUGCUUGUAGAUGAAAACAACGAAUCUUUGGGUAGUGAACGAUGUGGCCAUAGUUAUGUUUUUUGUUCUUUAUUUAAUGUUAAUUUUGUUUAUCUCUUUUCUUUUUUUUUCGCUUCAAUAGUUUUAUCUUAUAUAUAUUAAUAUAGUUAGCCGAAACAAUCAUUUAAGGCUCUUUAUAAAAAUUUACAUUUUUAAAUUUGAUUAGAUCCAGAAUUCCUCUCACUUGACUUAACCCCAUGGAUAAUUGGAGCUUUUAUGUUUUGUUUGAUUGUCAUUCUUUUCCAAGCCUUUGUUUAUUACUUUUAUUGUAACCGAAGGUAAGAUUUUUUCUUCAUGUUGUCCCAUGUUAAUUAAACAUAUACUGUCAUGCAUUAUGGUAAUAAGGCUUAUGGUAGCAAUAAAAGCUUGUUGAAGAACAUUUAAAUUUACAACAAAAAAUAGUGUAUUUUCAAAUAAAAUAAAAUACACAAAAUCGUCUUUCAAUAAUUAAACUAUGGGAUCAUGUUCAAUUUGUAUUAGGAAUAAAACGGUUCUUUUUUUCUUAUCUAUUUAAAGACCGACAUAUUUGUUCAUAUUAAAUGUAAUACUUCAAAUGCAUAUUUGUAUCUGCUGAUUUCCCCAAACGAGUACAAUAAUUUUGUCUUCUUUUCAAAAGAUUGGUGAUUCAAAAGAGUGAUGCAGCAGGUUUGUGAUUCAUUGAUUUCUUUAAACAUCAUAUAAACAGUUAAUUAUCUAAUGCAACUAUAAGAUGUAAACUGACUUACAAAAAAUAUAUAUCUUUAAUAAAAAUAUUUAAUUCUGAUAAUAUCACCUUAAAAAAAAAUUAUGAUUGUAAAAUAACCUUUGAAAUAAAUUAGUCACAUUAGACAUUAAACUAGUUGUUGUCUAAUAAUGUUACAUGACUAUAAUCGUUCUAAGUAAUUAUUUAACUAUUUAAAUUUUAGUAAUGGUCUUGGAUUGGCAUAAAAGUGUCCCUAUCAAAUGUUAUGUUGAACUAUGAAACAGUUGUUGAUUAGACACUAAACGUUUCUACAUUAUCUAUAAUGUUGACAUAUUGCCUUUAUAAACAUCACAAUUGUUUUUAUUAGCUUCUUAUAUGCAAGUGAUUUGAGAAACGUCCGACACAAUUAAAUCUUUCAGUCAACCGACUCCCAAAGUGUCCAUGGAGCGAAUCAACGCCAAUCAUUUUAUAUAGUAUAUUCCAUCGCUGUGAAUAAAGUGUACUUAGUUUGAAACAUUUCUUGACCAGCAAUAAGUUCAAUUUAAAAAAUGAUGAAAUCAAUUGAAGAGAAAAGGGUCUUGAAGUUGUCUACCAUUUUGUUGUCACUUUUGAAUACAGACAUCACAUGUUCCUUUAGAGUUUAUCUUAAUGGCAAAUCUGCUUCAGCAAUCCCAGAAAAAAGCCAUUUUUUGGAUCAUCAAUAAAGUCAGAUUUUCUACCUCAAGCCAAUGCACGCUCAUCAAAAAAACAAAAGAAAUCCAAAAUUCAUUCUAAAUGCGCCUAAAGACACGACUUUAUACAGUUCAACUUCCGUUUAGACGUGUUCAUAUGAACUCGUUAUCUACAUGUCACCAGAGGGUAAACACUGCGAUAGGGUUGUACAAAAACAGGUUUAGUACGCAAUAGCCAUCAAUAGAGGAGAGAGAAUAUUCAAACAUAUAAAACAUCCACCUUGUGGGGCACGAACAUGAUUAAAUUGUUAUUUGUAAUGAAGAGUUUGAUAAUGUUAAUUUGCAUGUCUUUAUUUAUUUAAAGUAAACUAUUGAUUUUACUUCUUUACCGUUAAUGGUAAACACAGAAUUUGUUAUUUAAUUUUUUUAAAAGCGAAUUUAAUUAAAUCCUAUGUAGAUUUAUUACUACGUGACUUACCUGAUUCAAAUGACGAAAAUAAGAGAAACGGAAAUAUAACUGAAGGUAAUGUAAUGAUUAAUAUAUUGUAUUGAAAAAUUUUUAAUUUUAAAACUAGUAAAAAAAAAAAAGCAACGAUUUAAAAAAAAUUGCAACCAACAAUAAAAAUACAGUUUAAUGAAUAAAAUGUAAACCUCUAAAGUAAAGACAUAACAAUUAUUACACUAUGUCCUGCCCCCAACCUCAUUAGGCACUCCAACUCAAAUUUUCAAAUACGUCUGACAUACAAAAAGAGCAAAUCAUUUGAAAGAACUGGCUCUAAGCUUUCCAAUGACACCAAGAUAAUCUUUCUAUCAUUUAUAGGAGAAAAGUUAUGUUUUUUUAAGUGAUUUAUUUUCCCCACUAUUCGGCUUUGUAUUUAAUUGUUAAGCCUGUGAUCACAUUAGUACUCUUUUUGUACUAUUUUGCUUGUAUCUCAUGAAAACAGAGUGGGGAAGGAGUUUGAAAAAGUUUAAACCAAACAUAAUUCAUACAUUCACUGGUAUAUUGCACUUAUCUCCUACUGACAAUACACAUUUAUAAAGCGUGUUAGCUUUAUUCGGGUUUUUUUUUUUUUGAGUUCAUGGAAAAUAUUAAAAUUUCUGUUCCAAAUUGUAAUUAACAAAUAGUCUAUGUCUCCGAUAAUAAAUUAAGAAGUCAACCUCUCCUUGACAGUUGUUGAUUUCAGGCCACAUGACCCAACUGUCACCGAAAGGCAUAGACAAAACUACGUAACACUCAUUGGCUUUAUCCAAUAUAAAGUUAGAAAAAAAAUAGCAUUUCAGAGCUUAACAGUUAAACAAAUUCAGAUGCAUAUGUUUAUUGGGGAUAUAUGCUUUAUAUACAGAUCAUUAGAUAUCUUAAAAUUUAAAUAUAAAAUGAAACUGCAGGAAACAAAAAUAAUUUUAAACUACCAUCAAUAAAGUGUUCAUUGUGCUUCCUAAUUUUUUGAGCUAAAUAACAAAAAAAAAAAAAAUUAAAAAAAAAUAUUAAAAAAAAUAAAGUAGCUUCAUAACAAAAACAUACUUAGGUUUAUAAAUUUUUUAUUUGUUUAAAACUGAUUUAUUCUUCCCAGGUUCACAUGCUAACCAAGAAGAUGAAAUGAAAUCAUUUUUACAUAAAUUAUGUGCUUCCUAAUUUUUUGAGCUAAAUAACAAAAAAAAAAAAAAUUAAAAAAAAAUAUUAAAAAAAAUAAAGUAGCUUCAUAACAAAAACAUACUGAGGUUUAUAAAUUUUUUAUUUGUUUAAAACUGAUUUAUUCUUCCCAGGGUCACAUGCUAACCAAGAAGAUGAAAUGAAAUCAUUUUUACAUAAAUUUUAUACCAGUUGUAAGAAGAAUGCAAGUCACGAGGAGUUUAUGCGUCUUCAAGAUUUGACCGUCGACGAAGUGCCAAAGCAUGAUAUAAAUAUCGUUAACUUUAUAAAGUUAACCGCUAAACUGACUGUAAGGUUGUCUGUUAAAGUUAAUAGCCCAGCAAGACCAAAGGAGUGGCUCAACCGCCAUGAACCAGUACCCCAGAGUGCUCCAACCCUUCCAAGAAUAGGAACUGGGUUUGUGACAAAUGUGCAAAUGUAUCAAAAUAAAAUUGGCGGCGACUACAACAUUGGACCUUGUCAGUGUGAAAGAUGCAACGAUUCGAAGAAUUCACGCAGCUGUGAUUGGGGAAUUAUAAGCCUCACCACAGCCAAAUAUGUGGUCUUCGAUAACAGUGAGGCUGAAGAAACGUUGUGUAGAUAUUUUUAUGAUAACAAAAAAUGUCCCCUUAAGAUUUUAGAGGGAUGGGAGUUUGAGAGCAGCAGCAUGGUAGAGGACAGGAGUAUUUUACAAAUUAAAACGUGUGAUCAAUUUAUACUAAAUUUUUUUAAGGACGCAUUGUCAAGCUGGUCUCGUGAUAAGAAUGAGAUUGACAGAAAAUAUUCAAGUCACAGACCUGACAAAAGAUUUACCUUCAUAGUAUCACACCCCCACGGUUGUCCCAAGUAUGUUUCUCUAGGAGAAUGUAUAAAUAGAACAGUUUUACCAAGUAAUAGAAUGCAUACCUCGUACACGUACACAACAAGUACAUGUACUGGGUGUACAGGUGCAUACGUCCAUAUACUUGGAGUUAAUGUUGAUAUUACUCGUGGAUGUCAUAUUCACCUUGGAACCAACGAUUCAGGAAAUAACUAUUGUAGCAUCGGUCAUGAAAUGAAGCCUAGCAAUGACGAUACGACUGAUGGGAACGAUUAAUUUUUUUUUUUUAUGUCUACAAAAUUUACCACUGUUGAAUGUUUUAGCUUUGUUAAAGUUAUUAGAAAUAUUCUCAUUUGAAUGUAUAUUGCACAUCUAAAAUUAUUUCUACCAGUACUUUUUAAACUAUUGGAAUCAUUCUAUGUCUUUGAAUUGUUUUCACACAGAUUAGACUUUAUUCGUCAGUCAAAUUAAAAAAAAAAUGUUCGCCCAUGAUGGAAGGAUAAUUUAAACACUUUUUACAGCGUUGUUAGUAUAAAUGAAGUGAAAAAAGUGCAUCUAGGAUAAGAUUAAAUAAAGCUUAUGAUCAUGUUGGAAACACAAAUUCAUAUACUGAGAACCAUUGAAGAUUGUGUGCGUAAGAAAACUCUACGCUUAGCAGAAUUCAGUGAUUGUAUAAAGUUACUUAAGAUAUUAGUAUCACUCUCAAGGGAUGAGUGUCGAGAAGGCAAAUAUGUAAUUUAAUGCUUUUCAUGUAUCUAAAGCAGUUGAUUUUUUAAGCUAGAAACAUGGAGAUAUGAAUUGAUAACGGAAGUUUAACAUUGGCUUAAAAUUAAUACAUGGUCUUUUCCGUACCUGUCUAGCGCGAUCUUAUUGUUAGUACCUGCUUUAGGAAGAGCGAGGAAAUCUUCAAAAUCCUUUACAGUAUCGGAACUGUUUGGCAUAUGGUUGCGGGACGUAGCCUCCACUCUGCAUUAUCAACCCAGUUCUUUAACAUACAGAAACAUGUACAUAAUUAGAAACACCUAUCAUUGAAAUGUUUAACACUUCAGACGCUUCAAACGUCUUACAAAGUAACUGGCAUUUUAUGUUUUUAGAGGGUUACUAUCAUGGGCGCCCGCUGAAAACUUUCUAGGGGGG